AUGCCGCCGCGCCUGCAUCCCCUCGCGGCGUCCCUCCGCCCGCUGCGGCGCCUGUACUCGACGUCGGCCGAGCCGCUGAUCCGCGUCACCAACCUGCCGGCGCCCAACAGCGGGCAUAUCCGCAUCCUCGAGCUCAACCGGCCCGCCACCCGCAACGCCAUCUCCAAGGCUCUGCUCGCCAGCCUGCGCGACGAGAUCGCUGCCGUCCAUAGCCAGUAUGCGCCCAACGGCGAUGAGCUGCCGCCCGUCAAGCGCUUCGGUGGCGCCGCUGGUGUCGAUGAGAAGGGCCCCACGCGGGCACUCGUUGUCGCCAGUGCCGUCGAUUCGUCCUUUUGCGCUGGCGCUGAUCUCAAGGAGCGACGAGGCUUCUCACAGCAAGAGACUGCCGACUUCUUGACCACCCUCCGCGGAACAUUUUCCUCGCUCGCCAGCCUGCCAGUCCCGACCAUCUCCGCCAUCUCCUCCGUCGCCUUUGGCGGCGGCCUCGAGCUUGCUCUUUCCACUCACUUCCGCGUCCUCUCCUCCAACGCCGUUGUCGGUCUCCCCGAGACCCGCCUCGGCAUCAUCCCCGGCGCCGGCGGCACCCACCGUCUUCCCGCCCUCAUCGGCCUCUCGCGGGCACGCGAUCUGAUCCUCACCGGUCGCCGCGUCGCCGCGCCCGAGGCGUACUUCCUCGGCAUCGCGGACCGCCUCGUCCAGGUGGUUCCCGAAGAUGAGCGAGACGUCACCGACCUUCUUCCCCAAGCCAGGAAGGCUGCCCUAAGCGAGGCGGUCCGACUCGCCCAGGAGAUCUGCGAAGGUGGUCCCAUUGGAGUCAGGGCGGCAUUGCAGGCUGUCUCGUGGGCGCAAGAGGAGGUUGAGAACAAGAUGUACGAGCGUGUGGUCAACACCGAGGAUCGGGACGAGGCGUUGAAGGCUUUCCAGGAGAAGAGAAAGCCCGUCUUCACUGGCCGAUAA